CCGCAGAAAUAUUGGACGUGCUCGUCUUCUUGCAAGACGUCCGCCCCGCCCCGCUCCGGCGCUGACUUCAGGUCCCCGGCGGCCGCCGUAGCCGGAACUGUUUGGAGCGCGGCGGCCCGGGUGUGGGAGGGCGAGCGGCGGCAGCCCCGGCGCCCUCAGCCCUGUCAACCGCACGCCGGUCAGCGGAGAGGACGUGCGAAGGGAACGGUGCUCGGCGACCGCAUCUGACAUACGACCACCAGCCCGGCGUCGCGGCCUCGCCGCAGCCGGAGCUGCCCGGCCCGGUUGGUUCUGCGGGCGCCCGCGGAGGCCCGGGAUCCGGGAUCCAGACUGCCGGGAGGCGUGGAUGAAAAAGGAUGACAGUGAAGUUGGGUGACGCCGGCAGCGGGGAGGAAGGGCUCAAGAAGCUGGGCAAGCGGACGGCCGAUGAGGAGUCGCUGGACGGAGAGGGGCCCGGCGGCGCGGACGCGGCGGAGGACAGCAGCAGCAGCACAAAGAGGGACGGGCAGACCCCUCGGGCCGCAGGAGCCCCGGCGCCACCCAGAGGGUUACCGACGCCGUCCCCACCACAGGGCAGUCCCCAAGACCAGCACCACUUCCUCAGGUCCAGCGUGCGGCCACAGAGCAAGAGGCCCAGGAAGGACGCGCCCUGUGCUGUGGGCAGUGGCGGUGCCAGCGGUUCCGGGCCGCGCGGAAAAGGAGGUGACAGUGGCGCAUCAUCUUCUGGAAACAUCUCUGUGGUUGCUCCUGCCACCCCUGCAGGAGGUUCGCGCUCCUCUUCCCGGAACUUAGGAUCAUCAGGGCCUGAGAAGGAAGAAGGAAAGAAGGUCCGGAGGCAGUGGGAGUCGUGGAGCACAGAGGACAAGAAUACCUUCUUCGAGGGACUGUAUGAGCAUGGAAAAGACUUUGAAGCCAUUCAGAACAACAUUGCUCUCAAAUACAAGAAGAAAGGCAAACCUGCAGGCAUGGUGAAGAACAAAGAGCAGGUCCGCCACUUCUACUACCGCACCUGGCACAAGAUCACCAAGUACAUUGACUUUGACAAUGUGUUCUCUCGAGGGCUAAAGAAAUCAUCCCAGGAACUCUAUGGUCUUAUCUGCUAUGGAGAGCUACGAAAGAAGAUCGGGGGUUGUAUGGAUGACAAGAAUGCAACGAAGCUGAAUGAACUCAUUCAGGUUGGAGCCACCACAGUACGCUAUAAAGGGAGAAAUCUGAGGAUCAAGGCACCCAUGUGUCGGGCCCUAAAGAAACUCUGCGAUCCAGACGGUAUAAGUGAUGAAGAGGACCAGAAGCCAGUGCGCCUACCCCUGAAAGUCCCUGUAGAGCUACAACCACGGAACAACCACGCCUGGGCACGAGUACAGAGCCUGGCCCAGAACCCGCGUCUCAGGAUGAUUGUGGAGCUACAUCGAAAAGUCUCUAGCCUCAUUGAGUUCUUGAAGCAGAAGUGGGCACUCCAUGAAGUACGAAUUCGGAAGACACUUGAGGAGAGGCAGCUGCAGGUCUCAAGCACAGCGCAGACCCAGGAGAAGGUGGCAUUGCACCUGUUCCCAGGCGAGAACUGUACGCUGACACCACUGCCGGGUGUGGCCCGUGUGGUACACUCCAAGGCCUUCUGCACUGUACACUGGCAAGAGGGUGGCCGGUGUAAGCAGGGCACCAAGGACACACACUCGCUGCCUCCAGCCCAGAUCCUGGGCAUCCAGAGUGGUCAGGGAAUAGCCCGGGGCCAGGUGAAGUGCCAGAGGGGCAGUACUGAAGGCAAAGGUGGGGGGCGGCUCCUUCCUAAUGCAGAUGCUUCACACAGCUCAGGGGAGAGUUCCCCUGAGAGUGCUCCUGGAGAGGGGCCAGCUCCAAGUAUGAGCAGCUCGGAUGCCCCUGACAGGCCUCCUCAUGGGCACCAAACCUCUGGCCCACAGCUUGAGAAGACCCCUCUAGCAGCCCUUGCAGUGGGUGGGGACAGCCCCAUUCAAGAAUCUGGGGCCCUGCCAUGUUCCUGCGGCCACCCCCCAGAUUUGGACGAUGAACUCUCACUCCUUGACCCCUUUCCCCGAUACCUGAAGUCUUGCCAGGAUCUCAUCAUCCCAGAGCAGUGCCGCUGUGCAGACACACAUUCUGGGAGAGAGCACCCACUUCUUGGCCGGGUAGCUUCCCCAGAGGCCCUCAUGCCCAGCAGCAGAGAUGUUGCCGACACCGGUCACCCUGGCCCGGACCCUCAAACUGGCACCGAUCCUCAACUUAACCCCAGGCUUCUGCCAGAUAUUUGUACUAAAGAGCUGGCAGAUACAGCUCCUGAAGAGUCCCAGGAGAAAGGAAGCCCCUCAGAACCUCUGUUGUCUCAGGGACAGCCUGCUGCCAGGCCAUCAAAGGAAGUCCCUGCCAGCCAGCUGGCCCAGCAGCUGCGUGAGGAGGGCUGGAGCCUGCAGACCUCGGAGAGCCUCACCCUGGCUGAAGUCUACCUCAUGAUGGGCAAGCCGAGCAAGCUGCAGCUGGAGUAUGACUGGCUGGCUGUGCUGGGCCCUGAGAGCCAGCCACCCACAGCACAGGGCCAGGGUGCCCUGCCCCGCUCCCCGCCUUCAGCCCUCCACCAGCAGCGCCUCCUGAACUGCCUCCUGAGGCUCAUCUCCACUGAGGUCCAUCCCAAGAUGGCUUUUGAAGCAAACACAGCAUCAACAGCUUCAGUGAGGCCCACCCAGGAGGAACAGUCCACAACCCCCCCAGGGAAGGUAGUGACCAUCAGCUCUCGGAGUCCCCGCUGCUCUCGAAAUCCAUCUGCCCUCCGAAGCAGCAAGACUUUCCCAUCUGGUUCUGCACCUUGUUCUCCAGGUUUGAGAAAUCCCCCAAGGCCUCUCUUGGUGGCUGGUUCCUCCAACACAGGAAGCAGUGACUCAGAUGGUGGCCUCUUUGUUGUCCCAACGACUUUGCCACCCAAUAGUCGACAUGGAAAGCUCUUCUCUCCCAGUAAGGAGGCGGAGCUGACGUUCAGACAGCACCUGGACUCCAUCAGCAUACAGUCAGACUUCUUCUCACCAAAACCCAAAAAACUACGGAAACGGCACUUACGAAAGCCACUGGUGGUCCAGAGGACACUGCUCCCUAGACCUUCUGAAAACCAGUCCCACAAUGUGUGCUCCUUCUCCAUCCUGUCCAAUUCUCCUAUAGCUGGGAGAGGCUGGUUCCGGCCCAUCCAGUCUUCUCUGACCAAAGCAGCUCUGUCUCGACCGAUAGUGCCCAAGGUCCUCCCAUCUCAGGCCACCAGUCACCUGCCCAGUGCCAUCGACUUAGCAGCUCAAAGUGCUGGCAUCAUCCCUGGAAGUCCCUUGCCAGUUUUAGAUACCGAUGGCUCAUCUGGCGUCUCUCCACUGUCUUCAGAACAAGUAACCACUGCCAUCUCGGGGCAGAGUGACACUGGACCACACCAGAACAGAGACCCUGUUAGUUCCAUAAGUGGUACUAGUGACCCGUUUAUCAGCGUUCCAAGACAAGAGCAGGAGCCAAUGACAGACGGUUUCCAGGGAUCAUCUGUUCUAUCCUUACCUGAGCUGCCCAAGGCUCAUCUCCAGAAUGGCCUUUCCACACCUUUACCCUCAUCAGAGAGCUCCAGCACUCGGCUCUCCCCACCCAAUGUUUCUGCACUGCUGGACAUAUCCCUACCUGGCCCGCCUGAGGAUGUUCUCUCACAGGGAGAACCUGCCACACAGAUCAGUGACUCCAUCAUUGAGAUUGCCAUCAGCUCUGGCCAGUACAGUGAAGGAGUUCCUCUUUCUCCAGCAAAACUGAAUGGCAGUGACAGUUCCAAGAGUCUCCCUUCCCCAUCCAGCAGCCCCCAACCCAACUGGAUUGCCUCUCCCACUCAUGACCCGCAGUGGUACCCCAGCGACUCCACAGAUUCCUCGCUCAGCAGCUUGUUUGCCAGCUUCAUAUCCCCAGAGAAGAGCAGGAAGAUGCUACCAACUACUGUUGGGGCCAACAGCGGCACAUCUUUGCUUGGCCCUAGCUUGUUGGAUGGAAAUUCAAGGGACUCUUUCGUGUCCAGGUCUCUUGCUGAUGUUGCAGAAGUGGUAGAUUCCCAGCUGGUGUGCAUGAUGAAUGAGAACAGCAUUGACUACAUAUCUCGAUUUAAUGACCUGGCCCAAGAAUUGUCCAUCAAUGAGCCUGGCCGCCGAGAGGUUCUUUUUGAUGGUGGAGGAGGUGGUAAUCCUGUUGGUGACCUCUCUCAGUGACUGUGCCUUGUGACAUGGGCAUCCUGGAAUCCACAAGGGAAGACUACGGGCUGGCCCAUAGAAACCGUCUUCACAGUAGAGAGAGUCAAGCCCAGAAUCCCCAGAAGACAGUGAACCAGAGCACCUCUAACAGCAUACGAUAUGCAGCCAUAGGAGCAACUGAUCAUGGCCUGUCCCAACAAGCAGGGGCAGUACCAUACACAGACCAGGACAAGCUCUGAGAAGGGUAGAUAGACAUGAGAAAUUUUUUAAGUAUCAGAGCCCUUACUCACAGUCCUGUAGCCUGUGUGGCAAUUCCAACUGUGUGUCUGCAUGUUAAGCCUUCUAGAGGGUCUCUCAAGAGACAUGCCUGGUGUUCCUUUUGUCUUGGGAGCUGUUAUCCUGUGUGCAGGGAAGCCACCGCCACUGCUGCUUUCUUGCUGAUAUCCUUUCCCCACUUGGCUGUUAUGUCUGCAGUGAGGUUGCAAGGGACAGUGAGUGUGGACCAGGCUUUUGCUUGGUGGUAUCUGCAAGCUAAUACACUUCCUGGAUGCCUUGACUAUGAAGCAGAGAAAGAUCCCAGAGUCAUGUAGCUAGCAGAGGUUUGAUUCUUCCUGGAGUAAGAAGGGGGAAAGAAAGUAUGGGUGUAUGGAUGUUUUAUAGGGUCCUACAAAGCUGGUUGGAAAUGGUUUUCUUGUGGUUUAAGAAUUAGGAGACAUGGGCAAGGAAUAGUAAGAGUCCUCUAUGUAGGUGGCUCUGUUCUCUUCCUGUCCUGUGCUUAAUGCCCAGUUCUUUCUAGAUGACCUAAGACACCAUUCCUCUUUACUUGCCUGCCCCCCCCCCGGCCCCCCCAGUACACUGCUGUGUUUACAGAUAAAGCUUUAUGUGUGCUCUAAUUUUUCAUGUGUUGUUGCUGGUGUCUGAGGGGUGUCUUGGCCCCAGGCUGCCUCUCUUCCUGUUCUGGGACUCAAGCAGGGUUUAGAUGUCAGAGUAUGGUAAGAGCUCACCACUUGGUGUUUCAGCACUCUCUUCUGGAGCCCAACAGUGUUCAGCAGUCAUGAUUGUGGCCAUCCUGCUUAGAAUGGUGCCAACAAGAGUUCCAUCCCCUCCUU